AUGCAGCCAGAUGUUUUCAUCAUGUCGUUGUCAAAUAAUACCAAUUUUCAUCCCAGCACUUUUCUUCUCCUUGGCAUUCCAGGAAUGGAGGCCAUCCACAUUUGGCUCUCAGUGCCCUUCUGCCUCGUCUACCUGAGUGCUCUCCUGGGCAAUGGCCUGGUUAUGGCAAUGGUGGUUGGGGACAGGAACCUCCAUGAACCCAUGUAUCUCUUCCUGGCCAUGCUGGCACUCAAUGAUGUUCUCCUUUGUACUGUGACAGUGCCCCAAAUGCUUCUUAUCUUCUGGCAGGGCCCUUACCCAUUGACAUUCCCUGCAUGUCUCACACAGAUGUUUUUUGUUCACGCUCUGUUCCUUUCUGAAUCUGCUGUUCUCCUGGCCAUGGCUUUUGAUCGCUACGUGGCUAUCUGUACACCACUCCGUUAUGCAACCCUACUUACAGGCUCUCUCAUUAGCAAGGUGGGUCUGGCUUUGGUGGCUCGGAGUGUGGCUGUGGUCACUCCUGGUGUCCUCUUCAUUCUCCGGCUACGCUUUUGCCGGGAAAACAUCAUCCAUCAUACCUACUGUGAAAACAUGGGCAUUGCCAAGUUGGCCUGUAAUAGCAUUGCCCUCAAUAGCAUUUAUGGGCUCACUGCUGCUCUCCUCACCACAGGGCUAGACUUUGUCCUCAUCUCCCUGUCCUACUGGCUAAUCCUGAGAACAGUCUUCCAACUACCUUCUAGGGAAGCCCGGAUAAAAGCCUUUGGGACAUGUGGAGCUCAUAUAUGUGUCAUCUUGAUAUUUUAUACUCUGGCUUUCUUUUCCUUUUUUACUCAUCGCUUUGGAAAUCAUGUGCCCAAGCAUGUCCUUAUCCUCCUGGCAAACCUCUACUUACUGGUGCCACCUACUAUGAACCCCAUUGUUUAUGGGGUAAAGACAAAGGAGAUAAGGAUGCGUGUACUAGGGCUCUGUAACAAACCAAAAUGA